AUGAGUAGCUCAAAGAUUUCAUCGGGUAACCUCCGUCGCCCGGAUGAAAACUCGUCCGACGAAUGCGAGCGAACAGAAGGGCGACACGUGGCAGUAACGGCCUUCUGUCCUUGCCUUCCCUCUCCGCCAGUUGAUGUGACCGAGGAGACGGCUGUAAAUGAGCUGAACGGUCGAACCACGGACGUCUGUGAUUCGACAUCAGCUGGUGUCUUUCCGAGGCCCGAAUUGGAGGGGACAGCAGUUGACGCCGUCCACUCUCCCUCCAGGAACGAGGCAACGGCAGGCGAAGAGGCCUCCUCUGAUCCAACCAUUGAUCGUAUGAUCAAUGGUCAGAAUCAGCCGGCUAUAAAGGCCUCAGCAGCCGUUACCGAGGCACCGCCCUCAGACGGUGACGGGCACAACGGCCAACUUGAUUCAACUAUUGAUCUUAAGAUCAACGGAGGGGAUCACGUGGCCAUAAAGGCGCCACAACCUUUUUGCGGUUGCCGAUGCCUUGGGACGCUACUGAUGUCAUCAACGUCAGACGCCGCCAAUGUUGGCAUCGCACGGAACCCUAAGCCCUAAACCCUAAACCCUAAACCCUAAACCCAACCCCCGUAAGUGGGAGAGUCAUCACUAAAUCCCAUAGUACCCUUGCCACCACGCCAAGAGGGACAUGUGGCAGCCAUCUCACCAACGACGUGUCAAGAGGCACCCAGCUCUGAAAAACAACCUACCAAGAGGCACCCCUACGCCAACAUGUCAAGAGGCACUAGUGGCAUCUAUCUCCGAAGAAUGUGUUGAGAGGCACCAAAAGUGCUUGGGUGUGUGAAGUACCGGGAUGGGUGACAUCCCGAUAAGUUCGGCCCAAGACAGUUAUCCAAAAAAAAAAAAAACCCGAAAUCUCUCUUAUUUUGCAGGUCAACAGAUGCGUGCACCAGAGAUCAUGAGACACAUCACACAAUGGCUGUGAAGUACCCAUCCUUUGGUGUUGCCUUCAGCAACAUGCUUGGCCUCAAUCUGUGAGGCCUUUAGGACCUAGGGAGUCCAAGCCACGCCUACGCGUAUAGAGAUCUCCACUCGGGUCGUUCGAUGGAGACUACCGCCAGUUGGACACCUGAAGUUGAACGUCGAUGGAGCAGCCUGAGGGAACCCUGGACCUGUAGGAGGAGGAGGCAUCCUACGAGAUCAUACGAUGCUACGUGUAGGUUUUUAUUCCCAUUGGCAGCUUCAGAGUACUUGGACCGACAUCAUGCAUUAUAGAGCAAGGAUCAGUGCCAUUACACACCAGUUACGUGAAGGGAACCAAACAGCAGACGCGCUUGCUACACAUGCAGUAUGCACUCGUUUGUGCUCUGUAUUCUCCUCUUGGCAAGAGAUGUCGCCUGAAGCUCAAGGUCGACAUUACUUGGAGCAGAUCGGCAUGCCAGCACUUCGUAUACGGCGAACACGGAGACCGGUCGCCCCCCGACAGUGGCGAAUCGCUUGCACCAACCCCCAGCCAGCACACGACCUAGCGUAUGCAGCACCACCAACACAAAGCUAUCCACGCACUAUGGAUGGGAGGAUUUCGCAAUAGUCUAAACCGAGAUGAUCAACCUCAGUCACAUCUACCAUUUCAUCUUUCAUUUACCACUUUCCAAAGAGAGCUAUCUCUUGUCUCCCCUAGAUCUCACGUAUGAGACUCGGGAAUAAAUAUUAUCUCAACAUCAAUAUAAUCAAACCUUAAACCAAAAAAAAAAAAAAAAAAAAAAAACGCUAAACCUUAAACCCUAAACCCAACCCCCCUAAGUGGGAGAGUUGCCACCGGAUCCCAUAAGAACUCUGGAGUUAAACGUGCUCCAGUGGGAGCAGUCCCCAGAUGGGAGACCUCCUUGGGAAGUCCCUUGGUACGUGUGCGUGCGUCGUGAGGCGCCUGCUCUACAUGUGCUGAAAGGCACUGCUGCAUUAUCGUGCCGCCAGGCACGUGUUACGAAUCCCUCCGUCACCAUGUCAAGAGGCACCCAGCAUCCGAAGAAUGUGCCGAGAGGCACCGCUGCCACCAUGCCAAGAUACAUGGCAUCCAUCUCACCAACAACGUGCCGACAUGCACUCUUUGCCGAAGAACAUGUUGAGAGGCACAUUUGCCACCAUGUCGAGAGGCACAUGUGGUUGUCAUCUCACCAACAACGUGCCGCUCUGAAAAACAACUUGCCAAGAGGCAGCCCUACACCACCAUGUCGAGAGGCACUAGUGGCAUCUAUCUCCCAUCAGCUAACUUGAACCCAUGAGAAGGUAAAGAGUUAGAAAAAGAGACAAAGUCAUUUCUCGUGAGGUGAAAGGUCCCCUACCUACUUAGAGGAAGUAUGACAUUUGAUGGUGUUAGUAAGAUCUUAGCUAGAGGGAUUAGGCAUGUGCAACACUAGGAAGGCAAGUUCAUAUUUGAGCUUAUUAUCAUGUUCCAGUAUAAUUAUGUCCUCUUCACUACUCUAAUCACUUUUUUCUCAUCACUUUAUAUCAUUUUAUUUAUUUUUUAAAAUCACUUACUGUAGCAAACUCUUGUCUUACAAGAACACCUCAUGGCGCACAACAUGGAAGUCUACACGUCCUACUACUAUUGAACGGAUCUUUCAACUUCAUAAACUUAAUGACUCUUCCAACCCAAUGUAAAUCAACCAACUUCUUCAAACAUUAUGAACACAAUAGAGUCUAUCUCCACUAUUGGCACAUAUUUUCUUCAAAAGAAGUUCAUAAUCUUCCAUCUCAUCCUCGCCCUUUGUGCGAAUGAGAUCCCACUUAUGUAACCUUAGAAUGAGGUCAAACUUCUAACACUUAAUUAAAUUUUUUCAAAAAAAAAAAAAACCUCUAAACCUUAAACCCUAAACCCUAAAACCGUAAGCCCUAAACCGCCGCCAUUUGUCCAACUUUUUUCACUCUCCUCGCGGGAGCUUCUCUCUCUUCACCUUCAACUGACCUACAUCUCAGAUGGCGGUAUCUCUCUCGUGUGACUUCCGAUCGUGCUGAAACCAGUUCCAUUGGAUUCGGAAGGCCAAAAUCUAUCAACUUCUGCUAUUAAACGUCGAAAAUAGUGGAUUGAAGCCUUCGUUGUCAGAAUUUCUUCAUUGAGAGGUAUUUUUCCGGACAUUUCGUUCUAAAGGUAAUAUUUCUCUCGUUACUUGGCCAAAGUUUAAUAUUUUUAAAUCAUUUGAAUCGUAUUUCUGUGCUCUAUAUUUUUCUCUUAUUCAUCAUCUUUAUCUGAUGCUUACUUGAUGAGUAAAUCAGAGAUCUCAUCGGCGGACUCAUGUCCGCCGGAUGAAAAAAUGAGGGAAGCAUGCGACCGAAUAGGAAACCGCCACGUGGGGCUCUCCGUGGCGAUAAAACGCCAUCCGAGGGGCCUAGUGAUGGCCCGAAAAUCGGGGCAGUCAAUUGGCGGAAUGGCCGCCUUAAAAAUGGCAGUGAUCUGCCGUUGGCCGACGUCCCCUCGGUUUCCGCAAACGAGGGAUGGCUCUUGACGCCAUUCCCUCGCUCUGCGGGAAAGGGGAGAGGGCACGUGGUGCCGUCUCCUCUGACCUCAUCGUUGAUCGUGAGAUCAACGGUGAGGAUCGACGAAAGGAAAAGGCGGGAGAUGUGGGGGCGGUGUCGGCUGACGUGGACUUGUCAGCUUUGGUCCUUGAUCUGACCGUUGAUCUUGCGAUCAACGGACAGGAGGGAGCCGAGAUAAAGGCGCCGCAUUCUGCUGAUACCGUUACCUCGGUCCUCGUACCCAUGGCGUCCCCCCAGCGGAGGAGGUUGACGUGGACUCGUCAGCUUCCAGAAAAAAGGCGGCGGCAUUUCCUCGGAAUCGGCUCUUCAUCAUCUGACCGUUGAUCUUGAGAUCAACGGAUAGGAGGGAGCCGAGAUAAAGGCGCCGAUUCUGCUGACGCCGUUACCUCGGUCCUGGCACCAACCCGCCCCCUCUAACGAGGGCGGCGCCACUAUGGCCCGCUACUACCAAGGUAGGACCUACGUGGGCAGCGUUAGUCUAGAUCCAAACUCAAGCCCCAAUCAUAUUAGCCUAGCCCACACAAACUCCUAAUCUGUCGGCUAGCCCACUCAAACCUCAGUCAAGACUUAGGCCCAGUGACUUACAAGAGCACAGCUUAUUCCUACAACUCAGAACACACAUCGAGCUCCAUUACUUUCUGUCUACACUACGGAUCUCUUACUACGAGGUUAUAUUGAGGAAAAAAGAAUGAGAAUAAUCUCAUUCUCUUCAAAAGAGGUCUCUCAACUAAUUGAGAUAUUCUAUUUGUAUUGAUUAGAUAUUUUACCAUAAAACACCUCCACUAAGAUGACAUCCAAAAAUUAUAUUUGCCUUCUGAACACUUUGAGGGAAAUGUAACUAUUGGCACUCAUGAUUAUCAGAAUGUCUUCAUCCGAUUAUAGCUCGAGGUUGACUAUCGAAAAGCUUAGAGUCAGACCACAUGGGAAAUUCAAAAUGUUAUUAUGUACACUCAUAGAUAGACUCCAUAUAUUGAUGGUACCUCUCGAAGGAAACAACCUGACUCUACUCCAAUUUGGAUAAGUUUUCUGAGCUUGUCAGCAUAUCUAUUCAUGUCCAAGGCACUUGAGUCCUUGGCAAAUGUAGUCGGAACACUUAUACGCUUAGAUCCAAACAUUAAAAUGUUCAAUCGUCUAGGAUAUGCCCGCGUAUGUGUAGAGGUAGACCUCUUAGCCCUCCUUCAACACAUGAUUAUUGUGUAGAAUAGGGAUGAGAAAAUCUACCAAACUAUUAUAUAUGAAAGAUUACCUCAUUUCUAUACACUGCAUGAUUUUUUGACACACUAUUCACACAUGUCGACAGAAAAAUACUUUAUCAUUAUCGGGGUCUACUUCUCUUCAUUUACCACCCCUUUCCUAUGACGACUAUAUUAUUGAGGUAAGAAAGAUUACGUUUGAUCGUCGUCCUACACCAACCUCACAUAUUUCAUCUCAACCAUUAUCAUUCCAAGUUAGUACCUCACCGACAAGUUCUCACAAGACACCUCCACCUACUCCGGUGACACAUUCCAUCCCUCGAGCGUCCACUUCCAUCUGUAAAGGGAGGAAGACGGUAGUACAAACAUCACCUCUUGUGUUAAUAGACAUAGGAAAGAUAGCCUAGACGUCGAAUGCUUUCGAUGCUCUAAGCACUUUGAUUGAGGCUGAUAGUGUUCCCACUAUAGGGAAAGACGAUAGCCCACGAGUUUGACGAUGCUCUCCUAAAUGGGGAAUUGCUACUACUACUACUUUACCCUCAACCAGCCUCUCUCCAUCCACUAGACCUCCUAAACCUAUUACUUCUAUGACGUCAACUAGCUCCACUUUACUCAUUACACUCGCUCUAGUCACUCGUCCUCCAUCACCUAUUCGUAACUCACUACCUAGCAUCGCACCCUCCCACACCACACCUUGCACAUCCUCUCAGCCCCCUCCAUCACUUGAUGCGGUCCUUGAUAUGACCCAACAGACACCUCCCCAUCAGACCCCCCAUGCCUUUCUCUUUCUGACCCUCCUUCUCUUCUACCCCACCCUCCGGAUCCUCCUUUGACCACACCUCUAGAGACCUUGAUAGAGAGCGAUCCUAGACAAGGCUUGGAGACUGAUGACACUUCAACGAGCCCUAGUAGGGGAGAAUGCUCGACAAAUCAUCGAGUCAUCUCCCUAUCAUUCUCUGGGGCGGACACAAGUGGGCGCUCUACAUCUAGUGUUGAGGACUCUAGAUCUAAGACAUCAUCUGACUAUCCUACUGAAGGCUUUGACCCUAAGAGAAGGUACCAAACAGAGGCAAUCGAUAUAGCCUCACGACAACAUUCUCCCUACGUCACGAGGUUUAGGGCUCGUGGCAGUAGAUAGUGCACAUAAUACCUAGCCUUAUUUGGAACUGUCGAGGGUUGGGCAACCUCAAAACACAAUCUCACAUUGUUAAACUCAUCAAUAAGCGCCGACUAUGCCUAGUCGGGCUUAUUGAACCAAUGAUUUCAUCAGAUCAUAUUUAUCCAUUACUUAGACGCUUAGACAUAGAUCACUUUUACUUUAACCCUACAAAUCACAUUUGAUUGUUUUAGAGGAGCUCUUACUCUCUACGGUUACUCAUUGAGGGGCCACAAUAUGUCACGAUGAGGGUACUUAGUUCUAACCAAAAGUUUACAUUCUCUAUUGUUUAUGCUUCACAUAGACACCAAGACCGUGAGACUCUUUGAGAAGACCUAGUACAAUAUACGCAUGAUUAUCUCAUACUAGUUGAUUCUCCUUGGUUCAUAGUUAGAGAUUUCAACUGCAUAUGUAGAGUCACUGAACGUCAAGGAAGGCGGGUCCCUCAGGCCCAUCAUAUGGAGAUAUUCAAUGAUUUUAUUUUUCGUGCGGCCCUCAUCGAGCCUCUUACUUUUGGCGAGGUCUAGACGUGGUGCAAUGAGAGACAAGGAGGCGCAAGGAUAUAUGAGCGCAUCGAUCGUUGCUUCACUAAUAACAUUGCAUUAAUGUAAUGUCCCAUAUUAGUCACACUCUUACCCCGUUAUAAGUCAGAUCACACGCCGAUUCUUAUUCUCCCUGACUCGAGAGCUAGUUCCCCUAGACCUCCUUUUAGGUUUCAGAAUAUGUGGACUCGACACGAAGGCUUUCAGAGUUUCGUGCAUAGUUAUUGGCACGGAUAUAUCUCUGACUCUCCUAUGGAGAACCUCAGUUACAAACUGAGGAAUCUCAAACUCCACCUUAAAUGGUGGAACUGGCAUGUAUACAGAAACAUACACACCCAAGUGGAAGAUUUCAAGAAAGAGCUAGCAGAGGUCGAGAGGGAACUGCAAGUUCAAUGGAGUGACACUACUUGGGAGAGAAGAGUUCGAGUGAACGAGUAAUUAAUGGAGGCCGCGCGACGACAGGAGAUAUACUAUCUCCAAAAAUCACGCAUCCAAUGGUUGCGUGAGGGUGAUAGAAACACACGUUUCUUUCAUGCCUUGAUCACACAUCGAUAUCAAUCUGAUUAUACAUCUCUUCUAAAGGUGUAUGAUCAUGACACAUCCCAUAUGCAAGAGGCAGAAAUUGCGUACUUUCGUACCCUCCUUUCCUCUCAACCAAUUGAAAUCUCCGAGGAUAUUCUCUCAUCGAUUCCAUCUUUAGUCACCCACCAGGAGAUAGAGGACAUCAUGACCAUACCUACUAGAGAAGUGAUCCAAGAUGUAGUCUUCUCGAUGAGUAGGAACCGAACACCUAGACCCGAUGGUUUCCCAACUGAUUUUUAUACAUCAUGUUGGGACAUAGUUGGAACAAAUAUAGUACAUGCCGUCAAGGAAUUCUUCUGUUGCAAAGUCUUUCCACGGAGUUAGAAAGCCACCUUUAUUACCCUCAUCCCAAAGGUAACCAACCCAACUUCUUUUAGAGACUUUCGGCCCAUCAGUCUUUGUAAUGUAUGUUAUAAGGUUGUAUCUAAGAUCAUUACAAUACGACUGAGGACUUUCCUUGAUCGGCUCAUAUCUCCAGAGCAAUGCAGAUUUGUCAAGGGAUGUCACAUUCACGAUAACAUCAUGUUAGUUCAUGAACUAACACAAUCCUUUGAUCAAGACAUUCGUGGUUCUAAUGUUAUCAUCAAACUAGACAUGGAAAAGGCUUUUGAUAGAAUCGAGUGAAAAAAUUUUACUAAAGUACUUUGAUACUUCAGAUUCACUAACGAGUUCAUCGACUUAGUUGAUGCAUGCGUUAGGGAGAAUCACUUCUGCCUACUAGUGAAUGACACUUCCACCCUUUUCUUCACUCCCACACAAGGCUUACGGCAGGGUGAUCCAUUAUCACCCACUCCUCUUCAUAUUAGUUGAAGAAGUCCUUAGUAGAACCCUCUCUCGAGCAGUAUCACGUGGACUUAUUCAAUCAUAUCAUUCGAAGCGGGGUUGCCCGAUCAUAUCUCAUUCCUUAUUUGUUGAUGAUGCUAUACUCUUCCUUAAUGGAUGUGAGGCAUCCAUUAAGGGACUUAUGAGUAUUAUCUUGAGCUACGAGCGAGCCAUAAGUCAACUCGUUAAUGUCUCAAAGAGUAGUUUUAUGGUGGCAUCUUCUACCACUAUUAGCACCAUACGUCGUAUACAAGAUAUAAUAGGAUUCUCACGCGGAUGUUUACCUUUUGAUUAUCUUGGAUGUCCUAUCUUCCUUGGAUGCACUCGGAUUCAUUAUUUUGAUGCCCUUCUGUGUAAGUUGAGGAAGAAACUUGCCGACUGGAAACUUCAACUUCUAUCCCCAGGAGGUCACAUCUAAUUGAUACGCCAUGUCCUCAUGAGUAUGCCAUUACAUCUACUAGUAGUACAUGAGGUACCAGAUAUCAUCCUACGAUCUAUGAGGCGGAUAUGUACCUCUUUUUUGUGGGAUGGCCAACUCGACGGACCUCAUUGCCAACGACGAGUUUCUUGAGAGAAAGCAUGCCGACUGAUGGAAGAGAGUGGACUAGGGAUUAGACAUCCUGAAGACAUACUCGACAUGCUUAGAAGAAACUCGUAUGGCAGAAGAGGACAACGAGAUCAAUCUUAGGGACCUUUGUGUCUGCCAAAUAUGACGAGUGGGCAAACCAACCGGCAUACAUAAAAAGAGGGAAGCGGUGGGCGGAUUGGUAGAGACAUUGGCUUCAAAUGAAACCUUUAAUCCGGUGGCACGUGGGACAAGGCACUAUCAAUGCCUGGUACGACACUUGGCUUGCGGAUACCCUUUUGGCCUCUUUUACCUCUUUCACGCCAUCUUGGCCCCGACUCACGGUGGCCCAACUUCUCGAGGGGGAUACUAAAUUGCUCAUUGAGUGGCAUGGACUCUUCCUAGAUUUAUUACUAGAGAUCUCGUUGAUAGAGCUGAGCCUUAGGGAUGAUGAGGCCAUUUAGACUCUCACCCUUGAUGGGAGUUUCUCUUGUAGUUCUUCUUGGAACUAUUUUAGAAACCAUUUCCUAAAAUAGGUUUGGGGAAAUCUUAUUUGGCAUCAUACUAUCCUACCUCAAGUCUCUUUCUUCAUGUGAAAACUAAUGCACCGAGGACUCUCAAAUGAUGACCGUAUGGCCAUCAUUGGACACCACAUAUGUUCUAGGUGUCAUUGCUGUCACACUACUCCAAGAAACAAAACUAGAGAUCACUUAUUUUUCCAUAGUGUCGUUGCUACGAAAUGUUGGAACCAACUCUUAAAAAAUUGGUCACCCGUAUUUCAUCAUCCUCCGUUUUUCACACCCCUAGAGAUCUUUAGAAUAGUCUUUGAUUCACUGCAGAGCUCUAAGGGUAACCCCUACCUACGUAUUUUCAUAGCGUACAUAUUAUAGGAGAUAUGGAAGGGGCGAAAUCUCUCUCGUUUUGCAGGACAGUCGAUGCGUGUCUUAGAGAUUAUGAGGCAUGUCACACAAUGGCUGCAGAGUGCCCAUCCUCUAAUGUCGCCUGUCGCAACACGUCCGGCCUCUAUCUGUGAGGCACUCAAUACUUGGGAAAUUCUAGCCUUACGGACUUAUACAAAGAUCACUAUGCAGACCGUCUAUUAGAGACCAUCGCCAAUAGGACAUCUGAAGCUCAAUGUGGAUGGGGCAGCACGUGAGAACCCUAGACCUGUAGGGGGAGGAGGCAUCUUACGAGAUCAUAUAGGAAGUAUUAUCUUUGCCUUUUCCCACUAUUACGAUGUUCAGACUAACACAGCAGUGGAGGCUAUGGCGAUCCACAAUGAUUUCCUCCUCUGUGAGGAAUGCACUACACAUUAGGCGAAAGCUUCUACCUGCCACACCUAGGUAGUGGCAUAUCGCUUGGAGCAAUUCAACGUCGAUAUUAGCAUAAGACGGACAACAAGGCACAUCACAAUCCACCCGGGUACAUCACUUACAAUCAUUACUCUCCUCAUAAUCACCUCACAUCUACUAUCUAUCACCCUCAAGCAAUAAAGACACAAAACUAUCAGCACAUGUUGGCAUCUGCCCACUUUUGAACUAUAGGUCUAUAGCACAUCAGACUUGCCAAACUAGUUGUGAAUCGCCAACCUAGCACCUCUCUCAAGAUCUCAUUAGUACCAUUAGCCAGCUUGAACUCAUGAGAAGGUAAGGAUCUAUAUCCAUAGGAUUGACGCUCUCUCCUCUCUCUCUCUCUCGAUUCUCUAUUUCUUUCUCCCUCUCUUUCUCUCUCCUCAAAAAAGAAAAAAAAAAAGAGGCAGCCUACUUCUUUUCCUAUAAUCACUAGCCCAUCAUAGACAAUUAGUGGAGGGUGAGGGAAAAGGCUGUCACAAACAAACAAACAAAAAAAAAAAGGGGGCAACCUACUUCCCUUCCCAUAAUCACUAGCCUAAUACUCCAAAGGGAAUUACCCUUGUACACCAAAUCAUGGGCAUUAGUAGAGGGUGAAAGAAGAGGCCCUCAAAAAAAAAAAAAAAAAAAAAGAGAUAGAGAAAGAAGAGAGAGAGAAUAAAAGAAAAGAAAAGAGUUAGAAAAAGAGACCAAGUCAUUUCUCGUGGGGUGAAAGGUCCCCUACCUACUUAGAGGAAGUACGGCAACUAAUGAUACUAGCAAGAUUCUAUUCGAUUCAGAAGGCCAAAAACUAUCAGUUUCAAGUUAUUAAGCAUCAAAAAUAGUGGAUUAAAACCUUUGUUUCGCAAUUUCUUCAUUGCGAAGGUAAACUUCUAGAGUUUUCACUCCAAAGGUAAUAUCUCUCUAUUGACUGGGUUAAGUUUCAUUAUUUUUAGCUCAAUAGAAUUGUAUUUGCCUCAUUUACCAUUUUCUCUUGUAUACAAUUUUGAUUUGAUGCUUAGCUGAUGAAUAGCUCAAAGAUUUCAUCGGUUGGCCUCCGUCGCCUAGAUGAAAACUUGCCCGACGAAUGCAAGCGAAAAUAAGGCCGACACGUGGUAGUAACGGCCUUAUGUCCUUGCCUUCCCUCCUCGCCGGUUGAUGUGACCAAGGAGAUGGCUGAGCCCGUCUCAUCGGACGAUCAUCAUAACCCACCGGAGGAACCUUGGGACGGCCAAAUGAGCUAGGCCGUAAAUGAGCUGAAUGGUCAAACCACGGACGUCUGUGAUUCGACAACAGUUGGCGUCUUCCCAAGGCCCGAAUCGGAGGGGGCAGUAGUUGACGUUGUCCACUCUACCUCCGAGAACGAGGCGACGGUGGGCGAAGAGGCCCCCUUUGAUCCAACCAUUGAUUGUAUGAUCAAUGGUCGGAAUCAACAGGCCUAAUGCUAUCGCCUUUACCUCGGUUACUGUGCCUAAGGCACCACCCUCAAAUGGUGAUGGGCACAACAGCCAAAUUGAUCCAACCGUUGAUCUUGAGAUCAACGGAGGGGAUCACGUGGCCGUAAAGGCGCCGCAACCUUUUGCGGUCGCCGAUGCCUCGACUGUGAUGCUACUGACGUCAUCAACGUCAGACGCUGCGGACGUUGGCAUUGCAUGAAACCCUGCACCAUCAUGUGCCCCCAACUCAGUUGGCACCGUACAAGCGCGGCCCGUGCGAGCUUCCAGCAAGGUGGCUAGGGCUGAGCCGGCCCAAGUAGCGCCAUUUGAGGUCGCUCUAGCCCAGGCCAUGCCAGCCCAAGCCAGACAGACUGAGAGUGAGAAGACCCAAGUCGAGCCGACCCAGCCCAUUGAGGCUGCGCCGGUUCAAGACGCACCGGCCUAG